GAGGAAAGUUCAGGAAAAUCUAAUAAAUUAAAAGCCGCAAACAGUGUGAAAGUAAUUAAAAUUAAAUUUACCACAGCAAGUUUAGCCAACUAUCAACCAUUUACUUAUCCUUAAAAUGGAAAAAUUGUUUUUUUCAUUGCAGGUUAGACAUAUAUUGUGUGAGAAACAUUCCAAAAUCAUGGAAGCUUUAGAUAAAUUAACGGUUGAAAACAUGCGAUUUGAUAAGGUUGCGGAAUUAUAUAGCGAAGAUAAAGCGAAACAAGGAGGUAGUUUAGGUUGGAUGAACCGCGGAUCGAUGGUAGGAGAUUUCCAAGAUGCCGCGUUCGCAUUACAACCAAGCACAUUAGACAAUCCAAUUUUUACAAAUCCACCGAUAAAAACAAAAUUUGGAUACCAUAUAAUAUUGGUUGAGGGUCGAAAAUAGUAAUUUAAUAUGUAUAAUAAUGUACAUCUUACCGCGAAAUAUAUUGUAUGUAAGGAAUUUUUGGUCUUCGAAGAUCUAUGAUAAUUCACGUGAGUUUUAUAUUCAAGCAUCAACAUGUGAAAGACUGUUAUUCUGAAACUGUGUUCCAAAUAAACCAGAAAAACGGUUAAUCACGUGAUAUAUAUUAGCAUUACAUAAUAUUUUAUUUUUCCGAAUUUAUAAGAAUUACAGUUACAUUAAAGGUUUUCGUGACAAAAUAAUUAUUUAAAUGGGGUGAUUUUUCUUUUCUUUUCGUUUGCUUAAAGCUUUUCGAAUUACUUAAUAAAUUGCUAAUAAAUUUCAUAAAUC